CCAUCCAUCCCGUUCAUGCUACCCUCUAGCAAGAUCCUACGAUAUGAAUUUAGUAGAGGCUUCAAAUGUUUUUCCUUCAUCACUGCUCCUCUCCCUCCCUGCUGAGCUACGCCUCUGCAUCUACGAAUUCGCGUUCAUUCCCACGCACUAUCGAGGCCCAGAGCUCCCUGACCCCUCCGACAAAGCCUCCCUACGCCUGUCACUGCUUCUCACAUGCCGUCAAAUCAAAGCAGAAGCAUGGGCAGUUGCCUACUCGCGAACAUCCUUCCACAUUUCCAACCUAGUCGAGCCCCUCCUAGAUCGCAUCUUUCUACUCCGCGAACCGCUUCGAGUUAAUCUCCGUUACGUCACCAUCACCCUCAACCUGUCUAUUGCACCCAAAAUUCUGAACUGCAUGGACCCCCGGCUCAUGGAACUGCCGUUGGAGCAGCUCACUAUCAGUAUCAGCAAGCUCCGCGCGCACCCACAGGAGAGCGCCAUCAUUAGCAGCACUGUCGAGCCCGCCUCUAUCGAAGACGUGCGAGCCUACUCGUACAUCCCCGCGAGCUCGCUCAGAUUUGAAAUCCAAAUGAAGAACUUGAAGUCGGCCAUUUGGCGCGGGCUUACGGAACCCUCUAAUGUCAAGCAAAUCACGCUUCUACACGAUGGGUGCUGCUACGGAAACAAGUUUCUUCGAUUGCAUAUGAUGCUUUGCAUUCUUAAGAAUAGCGAAGAGAAGCUUGCUAAGAGGUGGGAUAUAUCGCUUGAUCAGGCAAGGCAUGCUAUUGAUAUUGUGGCGGCUUCUACGGACUGCGGCGUAGCUGUGACAUCAGCUAAUGAUACAUUUCACGAGGUUGCUUGAUAUUGAUUGUUACAAUGGUUCUCUUUCCGUUUGGUUUCUUUGACAAGUAUUAUUUCUUUGGAGCAGCUUGUUUGGCAAGAUGCCGUCCAGGUUAGGGUAAAGAGUAUGGAGAUACCGCGGCACAGGACAAACGAACUCAGCAAUUACAAAUACUAGAGUACUAUUCUUGCUCUCUAUUGCUACUUUUCUAGAUCUUUGUUCGUAAUCAUUGAGCUCCUUCUAUGCCUCCUUCAUAGCUUCUCUAUGGAUGGUUCUCUUCGAGAUCCCGGUUAUAAUCAUGGCAAUAAACCUCGUUAAAUGAGCUCAUC